GCCUAAGGCUGGUAGAGGUCUGACGUUUGAAUACUGCCAAACCAGAUUACGCCUUCUGCAAAAGCCGUACAACCAGUGCCCCAGCGAGCCACCACUGUUCAGCAAGGGUCCACCCACCUGUCACCUGUAUUCGGUUCCGAGCCUGACACUGUGCAGGUGGACAUGUAUUUCGUUUUCUGGGCUCGAUCUGCUACGGGCCAACUAAAGUUGUAAGUGCCAUGACCUUGACACCAAAGGCGGCCUGUACAUUUUGUAAACUCUGAAAAGUCAAUCAGCCACGAGUAUACCUCAGUUUAUCAGACCAUUUUAUUUGAGAAAUGGCGACAGAAGAGACGGAGACAGUGUCCGUGUGUGAGAAGCUGAUGUACGCCUCCGCUACGUUCUCUAUCGACGCGUUAGUCUCCAUCACGGCCAUGUACGGGAACGUCUUCCUGCUGGAAGUAGCUCAGUUACCGCCAAUGCAGACAUCAGGGAUCAUCUUCUCCAGUCUGAUGUGCAUGAUCAUGACCGCACCUGUCGCUGGGUAUCUCAUCGACCGAACGGACACCAGAUGGGGAAAGGUCAAACCAUGGCUCUGGUGUACAUUACCCAUUCAAAUCGUUCUCUACUUCAUGCGGUGGUACGUUCCAGUUUUCCCCGAAGCCGGGCUAGUUUCAUAUUACUUUCUAAUUUGGACAAGCUCCGAGGUUGUACAGUGUUGUUAUUCCGUGGCCAACAAGUCCAAAGUGAUGUACAUGACCACCAACAGCAAGGAAAGGGACUCCAUAACUGCCUACAGAUCGGCUGCGCAGUUGUUCGGGCUGGUUGUCGGGGUGGCGUACCACGGACAGAUCGUCGCUGCGUACGGCCAAGAACUUCACCUGGAAUGCUCCACCGCGUCCAACUCUACAAUACAACCGGCCCAUCUUCAAAAACAGCGCGAGGGUUAUUUGAUCUCUGCAGGCGUGGCCGGCUGCCUGCUUCUGGUCACCACGCUCGCCAGUCUGCUGGGAACCACUGAGCGAUACAGUGGCGCAGCAGAGGAGACAACAGAAAAAGAGCCCAUCUUCCAAAGUGUGCUGGAGAUCUUGAGUCAUCGCCCAUUUCGUUAUCUACAGUGCGUAGAUCUGUUCAUUUGGAUGGCGGUUUUCGGCAUAGAAGCAAACAUAGCCUUGUUCGUGCAGUACUCGCUGGGGCUAGGAUACCAGGUUCAAAACGUCCUGCUUUUGUUUAUGGUGUCUGCCUGUGUCGGCGUGCCUGUGUGGCACUGCCUCAUGACUCACUGGGGGAAGAAGUCUACCCUGGCCUUGGCAGCAACGCUGUUUCUGGGGUUCGCCCUGAGCCUGAUGUUUUUACCCGGUCUGCUGUACGCCGUCCUGCCGCUCGCUGCGUUCGGAGGAUCGCUCUUCGCGCCGUUCGUGCUGAUUCCCUGGAGUAUGCUGCCUGACGUCAUAGACGACUACACGUUAGAGCGAGGCAACAGUAAAGAGUCUCUGUUCUUCGGUGUCUUCUCGUUUUUCAGUAACACGGGGAAAGCUGUUUCCCAGGGACUGACGGCAUUUGCACUCAAAUUAUCAGAUUACAAGACGGGACGAUGUAGCCAGCCCGAGUCAGUCAGCUGGGCGCUCAGGGUGCUGAUCUCCAUCUGUCCGGCCGCGUACUCCGCCUGCGGGCUGAUCUUCCUGUGGCUGUACCCCAUCACGGAGCACGGCAGACUCUCUACUAACAGGUUUCUGCAGAAAAUGCGGGCUAAAGAAGUUAUCCCAACAAAAGGGUCCUCAAAACGGAAAGCGGACCCGGGUACACCCUUACUUGACAGAUGAAGGCCACAAGAAUAUUGAUGAUCUCCUAAGUCGUUUGGAAAUUGAAGUUUAUUAGGGAUCCCUUCAUACGCAGGAGUCCAGCAGAACCAGGUGGAAUGAAAAACUGGAAAAUCGCGUCACAUUCGGGAAACCCUAGUUAUACAACCUACACACUAGUGGCGAAGUAAGCUGGGAUGCAACCUGGAUGAAAUUUUUUUAUAUACUCGAAGUGUAUUUUUUCAAAAUUCAGGGUGUAUUCCAUAUACUCAGUCCUACUUCGGUUCUUGCUUCAUAUUUGAUAUCAAACCCCUGAUAUCCAGAAUAUUAUAUAUUCCCCAAUGAUGUUGACUUAGCUCAUUGAUAAUGAAAAAAAGAAUCCUCAUUUGCAUCUCAGUUGAUGAUCUUCUCGAACCAAACAAUAAAAGUUGUCCAAAGUGUAAAAAUUCUUCUUAUAACAAAUACCAUCAUAGUAUGUUGUCAUUUAUCAUGCAAAUAAGGCACUAAUUUGCAUGAUUUAUGUAUAGUUGUAAUGAUGUGCAGUACAGUAACCCAAAACUUUUGAGUGGCUCCCAUGAGUCUUGUUUCGUGAUGAAUAUGAAGUAAAUUUAAAAAAGACAUAGUAUAAAGUGUACGACAGGGUGUUUCUUCUGCCAAAAGUACUUGCAGAGGAACUGUGACGGACGAACUGGCGUCCGUGGGGUAAUCCCGGCUAUCGGUAAAGAAGAUUGCCCACGGCAGACCUAGAGGGAUGGUUAAAUUCAUGGCCUUAUGUUUCGCUGUAAUUAGCUGAUAUAGUCUUAUAUACAACACUGCUAUGCCUUACAUGGUACCUGUUAAAAUUGUUGUGCAGUAAAUGUUGACUUGACUUGUAGGUGUCUGCCUGUGUCGGCGUGCCUGUGUGGCACUGCCUCAUGACUCACUGGGGGAAGAAGUCUACCCUGGCCUUGGCAGCAACGGUAGGGUAUGAUGUUGUUUCACGCAGGUUUCAUGCAAACGUUUUAUC